GAAUAAUUGUGCGUACGGGAGGCAGGCGGCUACCGCAGGAGUAGUUUGCCGGCCCCGGCGUUUUCUUUCUUUUUAUUUAUUUAACGAGCGCGGGUUGUACGAUAGAAAUGCCGGUGCAUUCGCGGGAGAAAAAGGAGAGUAAUCACAAUGACAUGGAGGUGGACUAUCCCGAGAAUGAAGGCACUAGUUCGGAGGACGAGGACUCGGAUAGCUCUAGCGGGAGCGAAGAGGGGGACACCUCUGAGAUGGACGAUGAAGAUUGUGAAAGACGCAGAAUGGAAUGUCUAGAUGAAAUGUCCAACCUCGAGAAACAGUUUACAGAUCUGAAAGAUCAACUUUACAAGGAACGGUUAAGUCAAGUGGAUGCCAAACUCCAGGAGGUGAUCGCUGGAAAGGCACCCGAGUAUUUGGAACCACUGGCGACAUUACAGGAGAACAUGCAGAUUCGGACUAAAGUGGCAGGGAUAUACCGUGAGCUGUGCUUGGAAUCUGUAAAGAACAAACAUGACUGUGAAAUCCAAGCUGCUCGUCAGCACUGUGAGAGUGAGAAACUCUUGCUCUAUGAUACCGUCCAAAGCGAAUUAGAGGAGAAAAUUCGCCGGCUGGAAGAAGACCGUCACAGUAUUGACAUUACCUCAGAACUAUGGAAUGAUGAGUUGCAGUCACGGAAGAAGCGCAAGGACCCCUUCAGCCCUGAUAAGAAGAAAAAGCCUGUUGUGGUUUCCGGUCCAUAUAUUGUUUACAUGUUACAAGACCUGGAUAUACUUGAAGACUGGACAACGAUACGGAAGGCCAUGGCCACGCUUGGACCUCACCGUGUGAAGCCAGAAGUUACAGUAAAGCAGGAGAAGCAUCAACAUGUUGCCAGAUCAGAAGAGGGUCGGCUACACUAUGAUGGCGAAUGGUAUGGCCGAGGGCAAGCCAUUUCCAUCGACAAAAAGGAUGAAUUCCCAACAAGUGCUGUCAUCACAACAAUUAACAGCGAAGAGGUUUGGUUUAAGAGACAAGAUGGCAGCAAAUCCAAACUAUACAUUUCUCAGCUGCAGAAAGGGAAAUACAGCAUCAAGCGCAUCUGACCUAGUAUUCAUACAUAUGGUUCAAGCUGCCAAAUGUCUUACUAUGACAUAUAUAUAUAUAUAUAUAUAUAGAAGGUACCGUGCCAUGAAAUGGAAUAGAUAUAUAUUUCCUGUAUCCGCGAGUAUUACCGGGACUGUAUACGUGAGCGCCUAGUGUGUUAUGACAGUAGGUGUGUUGUGGAUCUGUGUAUUAGUUUAAGGUGAUAAUCAUUAGCGGAAGAACAUAUGCAUAUUUGUCUUUGAUAUCGUAAAUGAAAUACCUCGUGACCUUGAUUGCCAAACCCUAUAAAGCUCUUACUCUAA